GAUGAAGACGUCAGCGAUGAUGAACUGGAAAACCAGUGGACUGGCGCCAUAAUCAACAAUCUUGUUCGAGCCAUAUCUCCAUUACCUGAAUUUUCGUCAGAGCCCAUUUGGCCGUGUCCAUCCUGUAUUCCCGGAAAUGAGACCGGUUUCAAUUGCCCAAUACCCAUACCCAUGCCGGAAGGUAUGGAAGGGCCCCUUCCUGGUAGGGGGUCCAGGCGCGCACGCCUAUUCUCAGAUGAUGGUCAUCCUCUAGUGGAAGGUGCGACGAAUCAUAGACAUUGCUCGACAUGUACCGCGUAUCUCCCGGUCGCACUUCCUAUCCAGUGCCUGCUGUGUCAUGGAUUUAGCUGCUCUUCAAUAGACACCGAAGGGGAAUGUCCCAACGAUCCACCUACAGUCUGGUUUGGCGGUUUCGGCUCCUACAGAUCCCAUCUGAAGGCUUUAGACAACCUUGAUAUCAUCACUCCUUCAGAUUCCUCCGUUCAAAAUGUAUCACAGGUCCUCGGAAUGAUCUGGAGUCAAGCCGCCUCACACCUUCUGCUUAACUCUAAUCCAAUUGAGCGCGACCGAUUCGCUCGCCACAUUGUCAGCCGAACCAUCAAUCUGAGCGAAGCAAUUUUGGAGAUGAUCGAUAUUGAUCUUGACAUUAGUGGAAGGAUACAACGUUCCAGGGCAGGUAGAAGAGAUACGCCAUCUCCGGAGUCGCCUAGCCCCGAAAACAUAGAUCCUCGACCACCAGCACCCUCGCAAUUGAUCGGGGCAAUCCUACAGCCAGGGACCGCGGAUGAUGCAACGGCACAGAAUGACAAUUCCGUUCCUGCUGGAUGGAAAGAGGACCCUAAUACUCGGGUUUGUGAGCAAUGUAUCAGUCGUGUAAUUAAGGACCAAAUCCACAGAUGGUGGGAACGGGAACGAUCUCGAGGGAAUCUGGAUCCCUCCAUCAUAUCUUUAGAGAAUUGCUGGUAUGGCCGCGAAUGCCGGACUCAGACCCAUAACAUGUCUCAUGCAGAGCGCUAUAACCACGUCUGCGACAAUACAUCAAUGGCCCGUGGUCGCGGGUAUGCACGAAUCUCAUGACUCUCGUCGUGGCUAAGUCUCCUGCAG